AUGCCCUCCGAUUCCUUCGCUUCAUCCGUGCGAAGCGCUGAAUCCCCUCUUCGCAUCUCCACCUCUGUCGAUUCUUUGACCAACCCCUCGAGCUCCGAUUCUCCCCUCCCCAGUCCCAUCCGCCACGAUCAAUACCCUCUGCUGACCUCCCGCUUCCGCCACUUAUCGCCCAAACGAGCCGCCAUCAUGAACGAGACAGGCGGCCAUCCUGGUGUGCGCAACCUUCUCGCUAGGUUCGAGAACAACCAGAACAACACUACUUCCCCUCCCUCCCGCGGUCGAUCUCCCGCUGGCUCCGAACAUUCCGCAACUGCCAGACCCUUGUCCAAGGUGCGCGCUAGCUUCAUCGCUGUCGAUGGAGCCACCCAGCCGAACCCUGUCGCAGGGCUUCGCAGCGUGAGUGGUCGCAGCGAUAGCCCUGCUGCUCCCUCUCGGGUCAGGAGCUUCAAUUCGGAGGAUUUCGAGGGUGGCUUGAGAAGUCCGUUGUCUGUGUCACCAACCAGCAACGGCUUCCCUCAGAAGAUCACCGAACAGCCCGUCGCGGCCUCGGAGACAUCGCAGAAUGAUGUGUCUGAGAAAGUCGAGUCUGCCCCGGUAGAGCCCGAAAAGCCCUCAGAAGAGGUCAUCGAGGAGGCCCCUGCACCUGCUGCUGCUGCUGCUACGCCAGCCCCAGCUUCUCCUGUAAAGGCCAGCAAGGUCUCCACCCCCAAGCCGACGCCGACCAAGACAGUCACAAAGCGACCAUCCACUAUCCAGGUGGGAAAGACGGCACCCAAGCCUGCUUCCAAGUCGCCAGCGCAACCCCGUACCCCCACCUCUCCCGCCAAAACCGAGGACAAGACUACUCGGACUACACGGGCGGUCCGGCCGACGGCGACGAAGACUGCGACCCUUGAAGCCCCUAAAGUCGCACACAAGCCGAGCCGGACAUCCUUGAACACUGCGACGAAGCCCGUCACCAAGCCUGCACGGCCCUCUGUGCCUGCUCGCGACCUGACAAAGCCGACAGCCUCGACCGCAUCUCGCACCACCAAAGCGGCCGCCAACCCCACUCGCCCGGCUUCGACAACGGCUUCGACUUCUUCUACCGCCAAGAAGACUACCACGUCUACUCUGACCCGCAAGCCGUCCACGCUGAAGAGCUCGACCACUGCAACCCAGAAGCGCGCGAUCACUCCGACCGCUUCCACCGUGCGCAAGCCGUCGUCUCGUACCUCCCCUCCUAGCGGAAACGAACGCCCUCAUUCCCGUGUGAGCAACACGAGUUCCAAACCGGUUGACGAGGGAUUCCUGGCUCGCAUGAUGCGCCCCACAGCUAGCUCUGCGAGUAAGACGCACGACAAGGUUGAGGUCAAGAGCCCCCCGCGGGCCACCAAGCCGGCUCGGGCGCCUAGACGAGUUCCCUCCAAGCUGGAUACCCGCACUUCCCGUCCGACCAAGGUCGAGCAAGGCAAGCCGCUGGAGAAGCCUGCGCCUGAGGCGAAGGCCGAGGAGCCGGCCGAGGUCGUUUCUGAGGCCCCUGCUAUCCCAGAGAAGCCCGUCGAGGUUGUCGAGGAAGCUCCCGCGCAGGAGCCUGUGCAGGAGCCCGUUCAGGAGCCCGUUGAGACCUCUGUCGAGCCUGAAGCCGAAGCUGCCGCUCCCGUCGCCGAGGCUGCCCCUGAAGUCGAUGCUACCGAGGUUGCUGAAGCUGCUGAGGAACAAGCUACCAACCUCCCUGCGGUUGCUGAGACCGAGCCCGUUGCCGAGAUCACCGUGCCGGCGGAAGAGCCAGCCAUUGAGGUGCCCGAGACUAAGGAGGUCACUGAGCCCGAAGCUCCUGCUAAGGAAUCUACUGAGGCUUCUAUUGAGGUUGUCGCCGAGGCUCCUGAGGUUGUCGAGGCCCAGUCGGGCGAGGUUGAUGUUGACAUGGGCAAGCUCUCUCUCAACUGA